AUGACCGAAAUAACACUCUUCAGUUCCAUCGUCCGCAGUUUCGAGAAAAUACCCACCGAACUCUCCCAUCAGAUAAUCGACGAUCUGCGAGUAUGGGACGUUCUAAAACUACUCUGCUACGAUAAUGACCGGGUAGACGAAUGCAUCAAUUCUCAUCCUAUCGCCCGCGUCAUUAUUGGUGUCGACCCUCAUACCAUUUUUAGCAUGAGGUUCGCCGUUAAAUUCUACCGAGAGUUCUUCUCAAAAUUAGGCAAAAAGCUGGUGGAAGAGGACUCCAUCUUGGCCAAGGACAUAUACUCGGCAAGACUGUUGAAAAGAUAUCAACUCUUGGACCACAUGUAUGCACGCAUCUACUGGGAGAUCAGAGAGCACUGGCAAAAGCUUGAUUUGACGCGAUUCGGUGCAUCCAAUUUCAUUUCGUUUAAAGAGUGGCCAGAUCCACGAAGCAAGUCAAAUGUAUUGAGCUCAUACACUUUUCAAACGAUGAAGAAAUAUUGGGAUGAGAUUCAGCAUGCCAAAGCUACUCUUUUCAAUCAGAUGGCUUCGGAGCUUCGUUGGGGUGCCGAUCUCUUAGAGGCAAAUCCGGAUAUACUUAAACGCACUUUGGAUCCGGCACAGGAGAGACGACCUAACACGGCGCACAUCGUGUCGCGGAUGAGACGUGACGCGGCGAAGAUUGUGCGGUCUCCGAAUGAAAAGUUCGUCUUUUCUGAACAUUUUGAAUAUGUGUUUGUCCAGGUUAUUCCUUUCGACUCUGCAUUGACUGAGCUGCUAUCUUUGAUGCAAAGUCAGGGUAUAGUUGUUGGAAAUCAAGUUACAGACGGCCUUCCUUCUUCAGUGACGAAGCUGGCUAACAUCGUUGUAUGUGGGUUGCCUUCUUUCUACAAAUCAGCUCUUGAAACACGCAAGGAGCUAUUCAAAAGGAAGCCAUGGUCAACUGCGAAUGUGAAAGGGGAGAUUCUCCGUACAGGAAAUACACCGUGGUCUGAACAACUGAAAACUCCUCUUUCCAUCGAUGGAUCCUUCUUCACUCCCUUCAAAACGGGCACUGUCCGCGAUUUCGUACGACCUCGUUCAUGCAACUGGGAGCCUCAUAGUGAGAUGGAGAAAGAAUGGGUUGAGUCUUUCGUGGAGUUAUAUCGAUAUUUGACGGGAAGGAAAUAG